AAAAAAUCAAACAAGGGAUUGUGAUCGUGAGUUCCUACGACGACGACGACGACGAAUCAUGUCUUCAGGCGGCGGCGGCGGAGUUAAGCCGUUUUUCUGCCACGUGUGCAGUCGAAGAGUCACAUGCUCCGAUGAUUCCGAACCUUUCUGCCCGAUCUGUCUCGAAGGUUUCGUCGAAGAAUGUAACCCUAACCCCAUUACUAACCCUGAAGAAUCUUUCGAUCCCCAUUACUCCUUCCACCGCUUAUCGAUUCUCCCUCUCUUGUUAUCCUCGGCUUCCACCACCACCAUCGACCUUCAGAACCCUCGAUUCUUCUCCAGUUCUCCUGGAUCCAGAACCCGCUCCGAUAUCCCCGAACCCGACAUGUUCGACCCGUUUCUCUUCCUUCAGAACCACCUUCAGGGCCUUCGUGCCGACGGCGCUAACAUUCAAUUCGAGAUCAACCACCCUUCCGAACCGGGGUUUCGCCUUCCGACCAACAUCGGCGAUUACUUCCUCGGUCCUGGCCUCGAGCAAUUGAUACAGCAGCUCGCUGAGAACGAUCCUAAUCGUUACGGCACGCCGCCCGCGGCUAAAGACGCCGUUGAGAAUCUUCCGACGGUGACUGUCGGCGACGAGUUGCUCAAGUCGGAGAUGAACCAGUGCGCGGUCUGCCAGGACGAGUUCGAGAAGGGUUCGCAGGUGAAGCAAAUGCCUUGCAAGCACGUGUACCAUGACGCGUGCUUGCUUCCCUGGCUUCAGUUGCAUAAUUCUUGCCCUGUGUGUCGAUAUGAAUUGCCCACAGAUGACACCGAUUACGACAAUCAGGCACGGGUGAACAGCGGUGAUGGGUCGAGGUCUAGGGGUAAUGGUGGUGGCGGCGGCGGCAACGGUGGUGGCAACAGUGGCAGUGGAGAGGGAAAUAGACCAGUUCGCAGGACUUUUAGAAUAUCUUUGCGGUAUCCUUUUGAUGCAGGUGGCUCUGCGCAGGAUAGUGGUGAAAGCGGAUGGGGAAAUUGACGAGGAGAUUUGGAUUGAAAUUGUAUUGUUUUGUGUUGAAAAGCUGGAAACCAUCUUGUGCAGCUCAGAGUUUCCGUGAAUAGGCAUUGCCAUGUUUACAAAGUCCUUGUAAGGAUUGUAAGAGAUAUUAUUACCCAUGGCCGGGAAAUUUGUCUAAUCAAAGGACCAUUCUUUCUUAUGUAGUGUAUAGCUGGAUCAUGGGAUUGCUUGAAAGCACUCAAUUAUGGAGAUCAAGCACUGUUGAUGACAAUUUUUUCCUGUUGUUUUUGUACAGAUCAUCUUCCAAUCAUCCAAUAUUGAUUACCAUCCUUUUUAUGCAAUACGAACUAGCCAAAGUCUAUAUUUCUCCUGCGUGUAUAUAAAACAUUAGAAAUUUAUGUAUACAAGGCAUCGUCUGUUAGCCCGCAAGCUAAUUAGCCUAAUUAGAAAUAGGCCUGCAUAAAUAAACAUUCGAAUAGGUUUUUUAUUCAUGACAAGCUUGAACAAAAAUAUAUGUCGAGUAACCAAGUAUAUUUAAAGUUAAGACUAGCUUGAUUUGACCUGUUUGCGUACAUAGCUCAAAAUAGUGAAAAUUUUAAAUAUCUGAUCUAUUGAGAUUAAAUUUACAGAGUAUGGAGGACUAAUAUUAUAUGUUUUGUCGGGUUGUAUUUCCUUUGAAAAACAAAAAACAAGUGUGAUGCUAUUGUCUUCGAUUUAUAAGUGUAUCUAGACUAGUAAAUCGGACUGAGUAUAUUCAAAUGGUGCUGUCAAGUUAUCUUAGAAAGAUGUAUGUACGAGCAGGACGCCCUUAAAGGGACUGUAGUUACUGAAGUUAUGGUGAAAAAAAAUCGUAAGAGAGCUUGUAAUCAUGUAGGUGCGAAAAUUCUUAUGAAAGAAAGAUCUGGCUGUUGUAAUAUGGAAGAAAGAGACGUGAGGAAUUAGCCUUUGUAUUUUUUUUACGUUAAGUUCUGUGUGGUUUCUUGGCAUCGCAAUAACGUUGAUAAUUGAUAUCAGCGCUCUCUUUCAUUAAUUUGAUCAAUUAAAACAAAUUGACAAAGUGCCAAUG